AUGCAUACCAUGAUUCAACUCAAUGGAGACGCAGUCUCCUAUAUCCGAACAAUAUGGCUCUUCACCUACAGCGACAUGAAGACCAUCAUCUUUCCCCAAAGCAUACUCGGAACCAUCUUGGCAUCUGCGGCAUGUCUCUUUCAAGAGAGCGUAGUAGCUCAUGACGCUUGGGAUCUCUUCCUCUACCGCUACCCCCUCGCUCUAUUCUGGACGUGGUCCUUCCUGAUCCCCUUCAACAUCUUCAACCAGUCGAGCGAAGACGCCAUUGUCGAGGACCGCAUUAACAAGCCCUGGCGCCCUCUGCCGGCGGGCCGACUCGACAGGCGCCGAGCGAGGAUCAUGAUGCUGGUGCACUAUUUCAUCGCCAUCGGCAUCAGCACCAUGAUUGGUGGGCUUCGCCAGGGUCUCCUCACCAUUGCUCUCGGCAUCUGGUACAAUGCCCUCGGUGGUGCCGACGACGGUUUCAUUGUGCGCAACUUUAUCAAUGCCGCCGGGUACCUCUCGUUUGGGUCUGGGGCCAUGGAGGUUGCGCUGGGCGAGCCGCUCGCCUUGAAUAGGGCCUUGCUCACGUGGAUGGCCAUUCUGGCCGCCGUCAUCUUUUCCACGGUUCAGCUGCAGGAUAUCUUUGAUGUUGAAGGCGAUGCCUCCCGCGGCCGAAGGACCAUGCCGCUCGUGAUUGGAGACGCGGCGACGAGAUGGUGCUCUGCGCUCAUGGUCCUCAUCUCUUGUGUAAUGUGCCCUGCUUACUGGUCGUUGGACUGGUCUGGGUUCGUUCUCCCCGUCUUCCUGGGAGUCACCAUUGCUGUCAGAACAUUGACGUACCGUGACCCGGGAUCGGACAAGAGGACCUUUUUGAUGUGGAAUGGGUGGUUGGUAUUGAUUUACACUCUGCCUUUGGUGAGGUACCACGCCACUGGGUGCUUGGUUGAACAUGGUCACGGACUGUGA